AUGGCGCCCACGAGAUCAUUGCUGCACUAUGUAUGCGGCCUCGUCCUCCUCGCCUGCUGCGCCCAGGCGCUGAGGUUCGAUCUCCACGCUACUAGCACCCACGAGGGCAAGAAGGAGCGCUGCAUCCGCAACUUUGUUGCCAAGGAUACGCUGGUUGUUGUCACGGCCACCGUGGACGGUCACAAGGGUGACGGCAUGGUCGUCAACAUGCACAUCAGAGAUGCCGUUGGCAACGACUACGGAAAGCCCAGGGAUAUUGCUGGUGGUGAGAAGCGUGUCGUCUUCACCUCUCACGCCGACGCUGCCUUUGAUGUCUGCUUUGAGAACAUCCUGUCCGGUUCCAGCCGUAGUGGCUCCACGAGCCGCCACAUUGAGCUCGAUAUCGACAUCGGCGCGGACGCCAAGGACUGGAACGCCAUUCAGGCAACGGAGAAGCUGAAGCCUGUCGAGGCUGAGCUUAGACGCAUCGAGGAGCUUGUUUCUGAGAUCAACACCGAGAUGGACUACCUGCGCGCGCGUGAGCACAAGCUGCGCGACACCAACGAGAGCACCAACACCCGUGUCAAGUGGUUCGGUAUCGGCACCACCAUGAUCCUCGUCGGUCUUUGGGGCUGGCAAAUCAUGUACCUGCGGGCUUACUUCAGGUUCGUCACCGUUCUUGCAAAUGAUGGCGGUAUCGCACGCCGUUUGGGUUCCUCGCCCGUCGCCAGAGCUCCCCUCGCCACCCGCAGAACCUUCGCCGACAAGAAGACGACGCCCGUAUACAGCGAGAAGGCCGUCAACAAGGAGCUGGGCGUCGGCGAGCUCGAGGGAAUCAAGUUCCGCGUCGAGCCUCUCAGGCGUACAGGCGAGGACGAGCGAACCAUGCGCGCCCGUCUGCUCUACCAGUCUCGCAAGCGCGGCACUCUCGAAUCCGACCUCCUCCUCUCGACCUUUGCCAACGAGAACCUCCCCGUCAUGACCAAGGCCCAGAUGCAGCAGUACGACCUCUUCCUCGACGAGAACGACUGGGACAUUUACUACUGGGCAACACAGGAGGAGGCGCCCUCCAACUCGGCCACCACCGCCGGCCACUCUGAGAGUCUUUCUUCCUCAACAGCCGAGGCCGCGGAGUCCUACCGGGGCAUUGACCCCGGCGCGACGGCGACCGUCGAUGCCGGCAAGAAGCGCGAGGACCUCCGCACGCAGCCCCCGCGCGCCGGCGAGUGGUCCAACACCAUCGGCACCUUCAAGGCCGCAUACAGACCCGUCCCCGUGCGCUGGCAGAACACGGAGAUCCUGGACAUGCUGAGGAAGCACGUGCGUAGCCGCCGCGCCGACGGAACCGUGGGCGUCCAUCGCGAUGUUCAAGAGCGUAAGGAGGGCGGCCUGGGUUUCAUGCCGCCUCUGUUUGACGUCGACAGGGCCGGCAAGAAAUGA